AUGGCUUCUCUAACAAUGGGUUUCGGAGUUUCACCCAUUUCCACCAUAACAACAACAACAACAACAUCUCUAAGAAAACACCGCCAUAAACUUCAAGUUCAUCAACCACCAGGUAACUCAGAUGUCCUAUCUUCUGAAUCCGAUCAAUUCAACAGAGCUUCUUCUUCUAUUUCCGUUGAAACAAACCAAAACGGUUCCGCUAUCAAGGAGGCAGUAAAACACAAGGCUCCUUCAUCAUUGAGUUCUACCGUUGUUGAUGAUGAAGAAGCUGGUUUGGCAGCACUUUGGGACGAUGGAUAUGGAAAUCGUACGGUGGAAGAUUACUUUGCUUUAUCGAAAGAGAUUUGCGAGUUUGACGGUGGGCCACCACGUUGGUUUUGCCCAAUUGAAAGCACUCAUCCUUCCAAAGAUUCUCCCACUAUGAUGUUUCUUCCCGGAAUGGAUGGGACUGGAUUCGGUCUAUCUUUGCACCAUCAAGCUCUUGCUAGGUUUUUUGAAGUUCGUUGCUUGCAUAUUCCUGUUCGUGAUCGAACGCCAUUUGAAGGUCUGGUGAAACUUGUUGAAGAAGCUGUUAAACUUGAGUAUGCUCUAUCGCCAAAGAAACCGGUUUAUCUGGUCGGCGAUUCCUUAGGUGGAUGCCUUGCACUUGCCGUUGCCGCUCGUAAUCCAACAGUUGAUCUAAUACUUAUUUUAGUCAAUCCUGCUACAUCCUUUGGUAGAUCGCAGUUGCAACCUUUGUUACCUAUCUUGGAGGCUAUGCCAGAUGAACUACAUGUAGCCGUUCCAUUUCUUCUUAGUUUUGUUAUGGGUGAACCAUUGAAGAUGGCAUCAGUCAAUAUUGGAAACGGGCUUCCUCCUACGAAGAUAAUGGAACAACUAUCAUACAAUCUUACUUCAUUGCUGCCAUGUCUUCCAGAGCUGGCUGAUAUUAUACCAAAAGACACUCUUCUUUGGAAGAUUAAACUUCUCAAAUCAGCUGCUGCAUAUACUAAUUCGCGUCUGCAUGCUGUCAGAGCUGAAGUACUUGUACUUGCUAGUGGCAAGGAUAACAUGCUUCCUAGUGUGAAUGAAGCUCAAAGACUCGCGGGUACGUUGAAGAACUGCAAAAUUCGUAUCUUUAAGGACAACGGGCACACCCUUCUUUUGGAAGAUUGUAUUGGUCUGUUAACAAUCAUCAAGGGGACUUGCAUGUACCGCCGUACGAGGAGGCAUGAUUUGGUCAUGGACUUCAUUCCCCCGAGUAUGACAGAAUUCCGAUAUGCAAUGGAUCAAGUAGUCGGAUUAUUUCGAUCUGUUACCGGAUCUGUGAUGUUCUCUACAUUGGAGGACGGAAAGAUAGUAAAAGGUCUAUCAGGUGUUCCAGAUGAAGGUCCUGUCUUAUUCGUCGGUUAUCACAUGUUGUUGGGAUUAGAACUUAUCUCACUUACAGAUGAAUUUUUAAGUCAGAAGGGUAUUGCUCUUCGCGGAAUAGCCCAUCCCGAUCUGUUUACAGGAAAAAUAGAAAGUACUUCUUCUGAGUUUUCUAUGGUUGAUUGGGUGAAGAUAUUCGGUGGCGUGCCUGUUUCAGCAAGCAAUCUUUUUAAAUUACUUUCAACUAAAUCUCAUGUUCUUCUAUAUCCCGGUGGUGCACGCGAGGCCCUCCAUUUCAAGGGUGAAGAAUACAAGUUGAUUUGGCCUGAUCAUCCAGAAUUCGUGAGAAUGGCGGCACGAUUUGGCGCUACCAUUGUUCCGUUUGGAGCUGUAGGCGAAGAUGAUAUAGCUGAAAUAGCUCUUGACUACAACGACUUAAUGAAGAUUCCGAUACUCAAUGAUUACAUCAAAGAUCUUAACCGAGACUCAGUCAAAAUUCGAGAUGAGAUAAGUGGCGAGGUGGCGAACCAAAAUCUGUCAUUUCCAGUGCUUCUACCGAAAAUACCGGGCCGAUUUUAUUAUCUAUUCGGGAAGCCAAUACGAAUGAAAGGCAUGGAGAAUAUAGUAAAAGAUAAAGAAAACGCGAACGAAUUGUACCUGCGGAUAAAGUCGGAAGUUGAGAAAAACAUAGAUUACUUGAUCAAGAAGAGAGAGGAGGAUCCUUAUAGGAAUUUAAUAGAUAGGAAAAUGCAUCAAACAUUUUAUCCUUCUGAAACUGAUCAAACCCCAACAUUUAAGCCAUGA